AGUUUACAUUUCAUAAUAACUAUGGAAAAAAAUAGCAGAAACUUAGAAUAGAGAGAUAGAAGCGAGAGCUAGUGUUGAAGCUGCGCCCCCUUGUGAUCGUGUGAUCGAUCUUCUCGAACCUCACUGAUUCCGCCGCGAAACCCUAGAAAUGGAGGACGACGGUUACCGCCGCAUGUCAAGCCGAACCCGGAAAAUGGCGUCCAAAAUGACCGCCGCACUUGCCAGCUCCGACAACCGCGCCCAGGCGGCACUGGCUCGAUUGGAUGCAUUGGAGAAUGACAAUGCUGGAUUUGAAGUUCCAGAUCCCAAUAAUGACGAUGAUGAAGCUUCUCUUGAUGAUGAAGAUGGGUAUAUGCAGAAAAAACAGUCUAGAGGUACCAAAAGGAAAACCAGGCAAGCAAAAGCACUUGAAGCUAGGAAGGCUCCAAGAACUUUUCUUGAGCUCUUACAUGAGGCAAAUUUAGAAUCAUUGCCUUCACAUGUUCCCAGCUACUGGAAAGCAGCAGUUGGACCUCCAAGCUCAACUUCGCGCCGCCAUUUUUGUACCGUGUGUGGUUUUUCUGCCAAUUACACUUGUGUGAGAUGUGGUAUGCGCUUUUGUUCCCAUAAAUGUCAAAAUGUGCACAACGAUACCCGUUGCUUGAAAUUUGUAGCAUGAUACAUGUAAUGUGAUGCCACAUUUUGAGUCUAGCUCAGUGUUGGACACAUUUAGUGUAAGUUGUCAUAUAUCAGUGUUCACUAGCAUUUUGUAAAAAGCAAGUUCUUUUAGCCUUAUGAGACUAGUUUUUCAAUUAUUCAGUGACCGGGUGUUAGCCAAAAACUGUAUAUUCUCACCCUUUUUUUGAGCCUGCUAAUCUAGGUUACCAUGUUAAAGAUGUCAUAAGCUGCAAUGUACUGAUGCUAUUUUUCAGAAGAUCGUCUUUAUUAUGCUAAAAGGAUUGUUCUGUUCUUA